AUGGUUGGGAAUUGUUUAGAGGUUGAAUUAUAUUAUGUUGAAAAUUUACUAGAAAUAAUAAUUAAUGUUUUUAAAAUAUUUGCCACCUGUGUUAUUCUCAAUGUUUUUUGUUGGGAUGUGCUCAUUCUAUUAUAUUGUAUGCAUAUUAUCUUAUAGACAUACUUGUCAAUGCAAGAAGUGUAUAUAUAGUUAAUAGUUGGAUGUGUUGUCCUUUUAAUGGUUUUGAGUGCAAUCUAAGUAAUUCGUUUUGGUCCUGGAUACGUUGAUCAAGUAAGUAUUAAUUGAAGUCGAGAGCAUAAAGGAUAAGUUAGAAACAUAGUUAUUUAAUGAGUUACAAGAGGAGCUCAAGUUGUUGAUGAUGAGUGAAGAUAGACUGCUUGACUUUUUAGAUUAGAAUUAAUGCAAUCAACCAUUAUCAGAGGAAUAGUUGAUACAUAUGCUGAACAUUAAGGUCUUAGAAAGCAAGGGGAUAAAAAUAUGUAAGACUUGCUAAUCAUACAAACCAUUAAGAGCCCAUCAUUGUAGCCAAUGCAAAUAAUGUGUAAUUAGGAUGGAUCAUCACUGUAUGUGGCUAAACAUUUGCAUAGGUAUGCAGAACUAUAAAUACUUUAUGAUGUUGAUAUUCUAUAUAAGUAACAAUCAUAUCAUUCAAUAAGAUCUAUGUAUAAUACUAGUUUUGAUCACAUAUUUCAAGACAUACAUAUUAGCAAUUGAAGAGAGUGAUUUUCAAUUAAUAACUAAGUUCACAUAUUAUCACAGUAUUUUUACACUAUUCAUUUUGUUUUUCCCCUUUUUCUUACAUCAUGUAAGGUAGAUUUUGGCCAUUAUUCUUAGGUUAGCUGCCAAUAAUCAAACGACUAUUGAGUAUUAUGAGAAGAAAUAAAAGACUAAUUCUUUUUACAUCAAUAUUUGGGACAAUUUAAAAGAAAUUUUGGGACCUGAAUGGUAUUAUUGGCUAUUGCCAAUUUGA